AUGACAAUUACAAAACAACCAUUAGCCAUUAACUUAAACGCUGCUUUAUUCGAUGUUGACGGUACCAUCAUUGACUCCACUGAUGCCAUUGGUGAUUUCUGGAGAGAUUUCGGUAAAGACAAACCAUACUUCAAUGCUCAAGAAGUUAUUGAUGUUUCCCAUGGUUGGAGAACUUUUGAUGCUAUCGCUAAAUAUGCUCCAGACUUUGCCAUUCCAGAAUUAGUUAAAGAAUUAGAAGGUUCAGUUCCAGAUAAAUAUGGUUCAAAAGCUAAAGAAAUUCCAGGUUCUCCAGCUUUAGUUAGACAAAUCUUAGCUCUGAAAACAAACAACAACAAACAAAGAGUUGCUGUUGCCACUUCAGGUACUUAUGAUAUGGCUACCAAAUGGUUCAAAAUCAUCAACUUAGAAAAACCAGAAGUUUUCAUCACUGCUGAAUCUGUUUCAAACGGUAAACCUCACCCAGAACCAUACUUACAAGGUAGAGAAAGAUUAGGUUACAAAGCUACUGAUAAAUCAGUUGUUGUUUUUGAAGAUGCUCCAGCUGGUAUCACCUCUGGUCAAAAAGCUGGCUGUUUAGUUAUUGGUAUUGCUUCAACUUAUGAUGCUGAAACUGUUAAAGGUUUCGGUGCUGAUAUUGUUGUUCCAGACUUAACUCAAGUUAAAGUUAACGGUUAUGAUGCUGAAAAUGAUACUUUCCAAUUAGUUAUCAAUGAUUAUUCAUAUGCUUCAGAAGCUGCUUUAGCUGCUAACAAAUUCUAA